AUGCUCUUGUACGAAGCGAUCCAGUCGGUGGUCCCCACCAGUGUGGUUCAAUGGACGCAGCCUAUCCAUAACUGGGUGCCCGGCGUUACGCCGAUGUCGACGCCCAAGGAGGUCUUUGUGGGCGCUGUGAUGUACCUCGUUAUCGUUCUCGGUGGCCAGCAGAUCAUGCGGAUGUUCCCGGCCGUGCCUGCCAAGUACAUCAAGCUCCCCUUUUUCCUUCAUAACGUGUUCUUGACACUCGGCAGUCUGCUGUUGUUGCUGUGCUAUCUGGAGCGUGCUGUGCCGUUCUGGAAGAGCCAGGGAUUCCAUGACGCUGUCUGCGACGGCAAAAUCUACUAUGAGCUCGAACUGCUGCACAUUAUCAACUACUAUUUCAAGUACUGGGAGUUUGUUGACACGUUCUUCCUCGUGAUCAAGAAGAAGAAGCUCAUGUUCUUGCAUGUGUACCACCACAUGGCCACUGCCGUGCUCUGCUACACGCAGAUUGUUGCGCAGACGCCUGUCGCUUGGUUCGUGAUUUCAAUCAACUUGGCUGUGCACGUCGUAAUGUACGCUUACUACGGCCUCUCGAGCAUUGGUAUCAGCUGCCCAUGGAAGAAGUGGAUUACUACGGGUCAGAUCACUCAGUUUGUCAUUGACCUGUGCAUCUGCAACUACACUCUGUACCAUUACUUUGGCCUCAAGCUUCGUGGUGUUUUGCCUGGAGUGAAACCAUGCUGGGGUCAGCCAAUCGCGGCGCUGGGUGCUGUGAUGGUCUUGCUUAGCUACCUUGUUCUUUUCAUUCUCUUCUACCACGCCACAUACAACGCAAAGCGUAAGGUUAAAAAGACUGCGUAA